AUGAGCUACCCCACCAGCCGCGGCGCUCAGGACGCGCCCAAAAGCAUCAAGGAAAUCACCGACCAGGCCGAGCAGUUCAACUUCAAUACCAACAUCCGCUUCAAAUACUGGAUACACUCAUGCAAGACUCUACGCCAGGAGGCCACGUUUGCGCUGCGCGAGGGUGAUUAUGCCCGGGCCUACCUCAUGCUCUAUCGCGAAUCCUCCCUCAUCAUGAACCAUCUCCCAACCCACCCGGAUUUCAAGGAUACCGAGAGUCUUCGACUGUACAAGCCUCUGCUCGACGACCUCAGCAACCUCAUCCAGCAGCUUGAGCAAAUCAAGCCUAUAAUCAAAGAUGAAUAUGACGAGUUUCAGCGCAUGACGGCCGCUAUCUCCCGUGCGAGCCAUUCUUCCUCGUCAGAUCGACAGGUCUUGAGGCCGAGAGCCCCUCGCGAUGGGCCCAGGAUCGUCGAUGUUACACCCGAGAAUGUGGAUUAUGCCGUCGGAGAGCUCCAUCGACGCCACGCCUCGCAGCGAAUCCGGAUUACUCCUACGACGACCCGUACCGACGAGACGACCUACCCCCGAUAUGAUUCGCGCGAUGAAUCCGAAACUGACUAUACGGAUUCAAACGAUGACUGGCGCGUUGAGUUGGAAGCUACUAGGAGGACACUGGACUCCAUGAGCAGCCAUCAUCAACCCUACGACGACAGUUUCCCCGCGCACCCCAUCGGAAAGGACCACCAGCCCUACUACCCUUCCACAUCUCGGUCCAGGCCAGUCAACUAUGUGCCUGAACAGUCCCCUAGCCACGAGACGCCCGCACCGAAGCCCGACUCGUAUAGACCUUCCGGCGUGUCCGAUUAUCGUGAUCGCCCGUCCUCUUCGUACCACGCUCCCCCAGCAGGUUGCCAGAGCACGAAGCGGAAUAUUCCCGACAUGACCUUCCACCGCGGCCCAGAAAAGAGCGAAGAUUUGACGACGCCCGAGGAGCCUACCUCGAAACGCGUCGCCUUCCGCGCUGCCGCCCGCUUGGAGAACGGUGAGCCCAUUCGCUACGUAUUCUUGCCGGACCAACUUCGCUCCGCAUUUCUCAAGAUUGCACAUUCAAACACGUCUCAGGGUCUGGAGACGUGUGGAAUUCUGUGUGGGACACCGUCGACGCCGGACACGUGCGAGACGGUGAACGAGUCAGCCAUGCUCGACUACUGCAUCGCCGAGGACCUUCUCAUCAUUGGUUGGAUCCACACCCAUCCCACGCAAUCGUGCUUCAUGAGUUCCCGCGACCUACACACCCAAGCAGGGUACCAGGUCAUGAUGCCUGAAAGCAUUGCCAUCGUGUGUGCCCCAAGGCACGAGCCAUCGUACGGCAUCUUUAGGCUUACCAACCCCCGGGUCUUCCCUACAUCUUGA